CAUUCUUCUGCCUCCGGAGACCGUGCUUCCAGACGGGACAGUGGGCAAGACCUGCGAACCAUUGUCAGGAGUGGUCAUCCUGAGGCUGCUUCCUCCACCGAGUUAAUUGAAUCCACACGUGGCGGCACCUUCCCAUUUCUCCCUGGCUGCAGCCCUUCCCAUCACAGUUGAGCACCUGCUUGCCUGACGUUCAUUUCCAGAAGCAGGGAUCCCCAGCGCUGGGCCAGGGGGAUGAACCGCGAGGGGGCGCCCGGGAAGAGUCCGGAGGAGAUGUACAUUCAGCAGAAGGUCCGAGUCCUGCUCAUGCUGCGGAAGAUGGGCUCCAACCUGACCGCCAGCGAGGAGGAGUUCCUGCGGACCUACGCAGGGGUGGUCAACAGCCAGCUCAGCCAGCUGCCGCAGCACCCCAUCGACCAGGGUGCCGAAGACGUGGUGAUGGCAUUUUCCAGGUCGGAGACGGAGGAUCGGAGGCAGUAGUCACAGCCCCCUCGGAACAUCCUGGAAGCUGGCAUGGACCCAAAGGUCCGUGUGGACCCGAAGCUGGCUGAGUGGCAGCGCCCCCACUGCCCUCCCUGUUCCCCCACCCCCACUCUCGGGCCACUCAGCUGGGCUGCCUCAAGGGUGACUCCGAGGUGCGAUUAUGAUGGGCUUAAUGGGAUGGACUCUGUGAUUGGCUACAGGAAGAAACGUUUUUUAUUUUUAAAUUUCGACCAACAGAAACCUUUUAUUUUUAUUUCUGACUCCUACCCCACCCCCGCCCCACCC